AUGUCUGUACGCCAGUCCACUUUCCAGCUGAUGACAUUUUUGCUGCUGAUUCGAAACAUGGACUGCAUUAAGCAUAAUAAAUAUUCAGCAUCUAGACGAGAGCAAAGUAAGAAAAGAUACCCAUCUUCAGCAUCAAAGUCAACAAAGGAACACAUUGAAGAGCAGGCACCUUGGACAGACAGGCUAUUGCAAUGUGGCUACCAGAAUCACAGCUUCACCCCUGAAGAAAGGUCAGAGGGAACAUUCCUUAUGAAAAUGAUCGAAUGGCCAAAACCCCCCGACUCUGCUGUGCCCUUUCAGAAAAGCAGCAACCCAGCACGUGUUCGCUUUGUCAUUUUAAAUUCUGCAAAGACUUUCUAUGUGGGAGAUCAGCUACAAGUGAUGCUGCAGAUGAGAGAUUUUGAUGGCUACCCAAAGCAAUAUGGGGGUGACUAUCUCCAAGCUCGGAUCCACACCCCAGCUUUAAGAGCUGGUUCAGCAGGAACUGUUAUAGACAAUGAAAAUGGAAUUUAUCGUAUCAAUUUUAAAUUACUUUGGCCGGGGAAAGUUAAAGCUUUUGUUUUAUUGGUUCAUCCCAGUGAAGGGAUCCAAGCACUUAAAAGGCUACGUGAGGAACAGCCAGAGAGAAUAUAUUUUAAAAGUGCUUUCAAAUCAGGAAAUGCCUCCGAGACUACUGUGUGUAAUCUUUGUUUGCCUCAAUCUAAAUCAUUCUGUAACUUUACUGACCCCAAGACUGGGGAGCCCUGGUUCUGUUACAAACCAAAGAAGCUUCCCUGCUCUGCUCGCUUCGCCCACACAGUGGGAGAGUUUCAGCAAGAUUUCUUUGAAGGAGAAGAAGAACGCUACUUCCAAAGUAAAGUAAACAUCAAAAAGCCCAUACUGCCCAAAGGUCGAAAUUAUGUCAUUGUACUAACAAAGAGGAUUAAUGAGGGCAGAGUGCCUUUGCUUUCACCAUCUGGAUUUUAUUUUCAAGACAAAUGGACAUCAACAAGCUGUAAUGUUCGGCGCUUCAAUUCUCCUGCCAGUGUCACAAACUGUCUUCGUGAGAAAACUAUUCAUAUUUUUGGCGAUUCUACAAUACGCCAGUGGUUUGAUUAUUUGAUACGGUUUGUACCAGGUCUUAAAACUUUGAGAGCUGCUAAUACUACGCUUAUCAACCCUCAAUUUGCUGAGGAGAAAGUAAACAAAAUUAGUAUGGAAUAUUAUUCCCAUGGCGUACCAAUCCGAAUCACCCCUACUUUGAGCCAGGACCUGCCAUUCAUCGCAAAUAAACUGGAUGAGAUUAAAGGUGGAAAUAACACUGUUAUAGCCUUCACCAUUUGGUGUCAUUUCAGCACUUUCCCAGUUGAACCAUACAUCCGCAGGCUCCAGAACAUCCGCAGGUCAAUUCUACGAUUGCUGGAAAGGAGCCCAGAUACACUGGUUGUAAUAAAGACUGCCAAUGUCCAGGCCAUUUCACAGGAGAGCAGCCUCCAGAGCAGUGACUGGUAUUCUUAUCAACUUGACUUAGUGAUGAGAAAGAUGUUUGAGGGCAUCAAAGUGGCGUUUGUGGAUGCCUGGGAGAUGACAAUAGCACAUUACUUGCCUCAUAAAAUGCAUUCCCAGCAAGUCAUUAUAAAGAAUGAAGUAGAUGUGUUUCUUUCAUAUGUGUGUCCUUUGUAA